AACAGUAGGGGGCAGUGUGUGUGAGGUUAUGGCUCACCAGGGCAUACAUGUGAGAAUCACGAAGAAAUUGUUUAGCACAGUGGUGGGUUUGUUCUCAAAAAUGAAUUGAAAUUGAGUAAAAAUCUCUGACAGUAGAUACAGCUUACUUGCGCAACAUUGUUCAGGUUCAAGUGUAUUGGGUGGACAAAUCUUACAGGACCGGUUUGAGAUCGAUAUGUCAGUUAACUUUGAGGAGAAGAGUGGUGCUAUUCCUUGCAAAACACCAUGGGGAUCAUGGUACCAAACGAUGGAAGAGGUUUUUGUCGAAGUGAAUGUCCCUAAUGGAACGACAGCAAAAGAAGUUAAAUGUUCCCUCGGAAGUAGGCAGGUAGAACUCCUGGUCAAAGGCCAGGAAGUCUUUAAGGGAAAAUUAUUUGCUACAACAGUUGCAGAUGAAGCAACGUGGACUUUGGAGGACAGGUGCUUGAUUCGAAUCGUGCUGAUGAAGACGAAUCGGGAGGCUGGAAAUUGCUGGACUUCGCUUCUAGAGGGGCAGUACUGCGCGGAUCCAUGGGUACAGGAUCAGAUGCAGAGAAAGCUCACGCUGGAGCGGUUCCAGAGAGAGAACCCUGGAUUUGACUUCAGUGGCGCAGAAAUCUCUGGAAAUUUUGCAGGCGGAGGACCAGAUUUCUCUGACCUUCAAAAGUGAAAACACUGCGUUUAGAAAGAGACUUUUGUUGCCUUUGGAAUUAUUUUACAUGUACAAGACAAAAUGGGAACCUUUAAAGCCUUUGAAGAUUCUUUUCUGCCAGGCUGGCAUCUUUGUCAUAGUCUGAGGUCAGAUCACAAAAAUGAUCCGUCAACUAUGGGUUUGACCAUGUCAAGCACUUUGUUGAUUGAGAUGACUAUGUAUGCAUGCAGUUUUAUACAGAUUUGUAAUAAAACUAGAAAAUGUAA